AUGACCACAGACACUAACGUUGAGAACAUGCUCUCUUUUCCAGGGACCAACGUGUUUCCGAAUGACCAAGGCACUCACUCUGUCCCUCUUCAAUCUACAGUCGACACAUCGCCCUUAUUUUCCGAGUCCGCAGAUAUUCAAAUGGCGUCAGAUCUUUCUCCAAUGCUCAAUGGCCCGUUCUCUGUCUCUUCGUCAAAUUCUGUGGGAAAGGAAACCCCCACAGAUGCUUCUGCAUCUGGGUAUUCGACCACUAGUGCAUCUUCAUCUACUUUCAGUUCCCCAUGUCCCGAGGUUGUCCGGGCGUUUCAAGAUUUUAACUGGGCGGAUACAGACCACGAGCUUGUCCUGCAGGCUGACGUGGAGAAUGACUUCUGCUCCAACGGCUAUGUGGCGAACACCAUCGACUGGAACAAGCUCUCCCAAGAAAAGCCCCCUGACACCUUUGACGGUAGGCUUUUAUUCAUUCUUUCAUGGCUUGUUUUCCAAGCAAUAUUUAACUCGAAAACGUUAGCUUUUCCUCUCAUCCAUCCUGUGCAGUGCGGCGUCGAAAACCAUCCUAUCGACAUCGUUUCAAACCUUCUCUCUACCUCUCUCCCUCGGUCUGCGACUGCUUCUCCUGCUUCCUACGGUGACCAUGUAGUGCAGCAGCAUUCAAAAUCGAUGAUAGACGAAAACUUUCAUUUCUGUCCGGUUUCGCUCAACGACAGGCGGCUCUUCAACACCUCCAUCGAAUCAUCCCGCCUACAACAACAAACUUUCCUAGACGGUAGUGAAGGAUAUUCUGUCUCCAAGAAGAAGGAUCGAUGUCCGGAACCCCGCUGUAGACGAGUCGUCAAGAAUCUGAAGGCCCACUUGCUUACCCACCAGUCCGAACGGCCAGAAAAGUGUCCCAUCGUGACCUGUGUAUACCAUAUCAAGGGCUUUGCCCGUAAAUAUGACAGGGAUCGGCAUACUUGGACACACUACAAGGGGACUAUGACAUGCGGGUUCUGCGCGCAAUCCUGGCCCCCAAUGAAGAAGAGCUUCAACCGCGUGGACGUGUUUAAGCGUCACUUGACUGCCGUCCACGGUGUGGAGCAGAAACCGCCAAAAAGCCGCAAUUACAGGCCGACUGCAUUCACAGCAAAUGACACAGAUUAUGGCAGAAAUACAAUGGGAAAGUGCUCUACUUGUUCGGCGACGUUCAGCAAUGCCCCGGAAUUCUACGAGCACUUGGAAGGCUGCGUACUGCGUGCUGUGGAGCAGGAACAGUCUUCCGAGGACAGCAACCAGAAAAAUCGUGAAGCCUCCAAGUUUACGAGUUGCAAGGCCUCCACCUCAACGUCGCAUUCGAUUAUUGGCAACGGCAACACUUUCUCCAAGCGUUCUUCCACCGCUAUUGCGGGGAAGAACAGUAAGAUUCGUGCCUUUUCAACCCGUCGUAAAGGUCCGAAGCUAUGGGGCUGCUCUAACAGCAGGAUAAAGAAAAAUAAGGAAAGAAAGAAGAGCAAGCGUGUCUUGUAUGUACUCAAUGGCCGGCACCGCCUGUGUGGAGACGAAAAGAUGCUCAAGACUGGCACCCAAACCAUUCUUCGCCUUUUCGACAGCACUGGUAGUGGCAGCCAUCGCGACGCCUUCGUCACUGUCCUGAAUGUCGAAGACAUAAAGGAUGUGCUCAGCUCUAACGAAGAACAUGGGCCCGAGGUCGAGGAUUGA